AUGUUUUCACACGGCCACAGUGUGUUCAUCUUGGGUCCCGGCUUCAUUGGGCUGGAGCUGAUCGAUAGAUUGUUGGAGCAGAAGUACAACGUCACUACUCUUGUUCGCCGCAAAGAAGCAGCUCAGGAUCUGGAGAAACGGGGCGUCAAGACUAUUCUAGGAACGCUCGCGGAUAGCGAUAUCAUCGCGGAUCAGAGCGCCUCACAUGACAUCAUCUUCCAUACAGCCACGGCAGAUGACCUGCCUUCUGUAGAGGCCGUCAUCCGCGGCAUUGAUCAGAGAGCAAACGAAGGCAGGCAGACCAUCUACAUCCAUACCAGUGGAUGUAGCUCCCUGAGCGAUCAGUCGCAAGGAGCAUACGCAUCGAACAUUAUCUACACGGACAAGGAUCCUGGUCCACUGGAUGCUUUAUCCGACGAUGCCUCGCAUCGCGAGAUUGAUCUGGCCAUCAUACGCGCUCGUCAACGCCUGGGCAGCAAAGCGAAAACCUUCCUCAUGCUUCCGCCUUUGAUAUACGGUGCAAACAAAUACGGUCGUCUGUCGAUCCAUAUUCCAACUAUGGCUCGCUUCGCUCUCAAGCACAACUACGCGGGCUACGUUGGCGGUGGCGAGGGUCGCUGGACUAUGAUCCAUGUGUCAGAUCUGUCCCGAGGAUACAUGACCAUGUUGCAAUGGCUAGAGCAGUCGCCACCCGAAGUCGCUUUGGAGCACCCCUAUUUCUUCUGCGAAAAUGGCGAAGAAUUGUCUUGGAAACAGCUGGCGACUUUCAUUGGUGAGGAUCUACACGCGGCUGGCAGGAUUGCUCAGCCGGAUCCUCGUGAAAUUCCAAAGGAGCAAUACCACGAUUUGUUCGGUCCAUAUAGCAUGGUAGUCAUUGGCUCCAAUGCACGAAACCGUGGAGAACGGCUGCGAGAGUUGGGGUGGAAACCAACUCAUCUCAGUGUUCGGCAGUCAUUCCACGAGGAGGAUUUGCCAGUACUCUUGAAAGAAGAAGGCGAGUUCAAAGGCUACGCUGGCGUCGCUGCAUCUGGAUCUGGUUGA